UAUUAACAUCGCCACUUUCUUUGCUACAGCUUAGCACUGGGCAUUAUGGGAAGGAAUCACUUCCGCGAGUUGGUCGCUCACUGCGCAUGCGCCUUGGGAGACGCAACGGUUGUCAACAGUGCUGUAGCUGUGUAAAAUGGCGGAUCGUGGAGAAGAGGUGGAGAGCGAGGAUGAGCUGUAUGAGGUAGUGGACAUCACUGAAUACGCCCGACGACAUCAGUGGUGGAGUCGAGUUUUCGGGAGCAACACAGGACCCAUUGCUGAAAAGUAUUCAGUAGCCACACAGAUCAUGAUGGGUGGCGUAACAGGAUGGUGUGCUGGUUAUCUCUUCCAGAAGGUUGGGAAAAUUGCUGCAACUGCAGUUGGUGGAGGAUUUCUUUUGUUACAAAUUGCCAAUCACAGCGGGUAUGUGCAGGUGGACUGGAAGAAAGUAAAGAAGGAUGUUAAUAAAGCAAAAAAGCAUCUGAAGAAGAAGGCCAACAAAGCAGCACCAGAGCUGAAUUCAUUUAUUGAAGAGUCCACAGAAUUUGUGAAGAGGAAUAUAGUUGUUUCAAGUGGAUUUCUUGGAGGAUUUCUGCUGGGUCUGGCAUCUUGAGUCAUAGCUGGGCCUGCUAUACAAAUGGACACUCCUUCCCCAGAGACAUUCUAUGCUGUAUUUUUACUUUAUUGCUGUAUUACAAAGUUACACAUAAGAAAUUUUGCAGUAUUACUUGGUUUGAGGCAGAGUUGGGAAAUAUAGUUGGGCUUCUCCGCUAUCUGCAUGUCUAAGAAAGAAAAAGCUGCACAUAAGUGAUAUCUCAUAAAUAAUAGGACUGCUAUGGUAUGAGCCAUUUUUAUGCCAAUUUUGAUUGGUACUGUUGUUGAUAAUUUAGAAAAACGAACUCUGUGCCAGGGCUGUUAUUGCCUCACAUGUCAUGUCAUGGAGUAGGACUGAAUUGAACUGUAUUGAAAUAAUUAGUUGCUUGCAUAUGUGCUGCUUUUAGAGCUGUAGAGUGCUUGUUGUAUAUAUUUUUGUUUCACAGUGGGUAAUUUUGUUUGUUCCUGAUGUAUUUUAUUCAUACACACUACGUGCCAAUUCUGUCACUGUUUUAACGUUGAAUUGUAUAUGUAGUAACAUAAACGUUAAUCUACUGAUGCUGA